ACCAUGGACCGUCCCAGUCGUUGCCGUCCACCCAUGCUUGUCCCAACGCGGGCCUUCCCUGGUUCGUGCCCAGAUGCUCACCCAAGCCGGAGAUGCCAGGAUCUGUAAAACACAACCAAUGGGAGGCGCUCAGUAUGCAUCGAGGGGCCCUGUCACUUGGGUCGCGACUACAGUGCGCGAGAGGGAGGGGGGUACCCGUCUCUUUCGAUGCUAACGAGGCCCCCCAUGUGAUUGCCUUGCCUUCCCUACCUUGCCUUGCUUGUUUGCUUGCUUGCCCGCUUGCUCGCCUCUCUUGCGCGAUGAGAUACGCCGUGGUGAUAUUGGUGGAGGAUGAAUGGCCUUUUCACGUCGCGCAGACCGACCACGGUGUGCACCACCCACCGGUGCUGCAAAAAAUACGCCCGUCAUGGUGAGACAUUCCACGUACGCCGCGCCCGCGAGACUUUACGUUGCAGUGGCCUCGACAGACAGACAGACAGACAGACAGACAGGACAGCAUCGCUUCCAUUGAUGCAGCUGCAGCAGCAGCAGCCGGUCUUCUCUGCCAUCGCACGAUAUCGUCCCGUCUGUCAAGUCGCCGGCCGAGCUCAACCCCGCCAGGAAGCUGUGUCGUGCCGUUGUGUUACGCGCUCGGCCAGCACAUCGAUGAGAGAGGCUUGGAUAUCCGACGCGAUCCAGGUGCAUCGCAUGAGGUACCCUAGGCCUCAUUUCACGGCAUCUCAAGCCCUUGCCGCCCUCCGCUCACUCACGCUGCGUGCACAUACUACGAGCGAGCCAGCAGCUAGCCUGUACGGAUAUAACAGACCUCAAAUCAGACGAUGGUCUCUGGCAUAUGCCCGAAGGCCCACCGUCGGAGCGCAUACCCAUAUCUCCCUCCCCCCCGCCCUAUCCCGGCUGAGUGGGACAGGUCGAACGAUGGUGGUUGAAGCGGGCGUUUCGUAAAGUGUCGACCCCUAGGGGCAUAGGUUGGUCGUCAUUUGCUUCGUUCCCGGCCAGCACACUGACGGUUCUGAAUUCGGAUAAUAC